AUGUACUCCUUUCGCAAUUUAAACAGACUCAUUAAACCAAGUUAUUUACGACAAAGAAUUGUAGAUUCAGCAAGUAGAUCAUACGCAACAAUGGCUACCAAUACCAACACUUAUAAAUUUAAUCACUCGAUGAUUCGAGUGAAAGAUCCUAAGGAAUCUGUCAAAUUCUACGAACACUUGGGCAUGAAAAUGAUUCGCAAGAUUGAACAACCCGAAGCUAAAUUCGACCUUUACUUCAUGGGUUACGAUUCCCCCAAAGCUCUCUCACACGGAAACGAUUUCAGCGAUCGCGAAGGAUUAAUCGAAUUGACACACAACUAUGGAACUGAGAAUGACGCCGAUUAUAAAGUCUCCAACGGAAACACUGAACCCCACAAAGGUUUUGGGCAUACCUGCAUAUCUGUCGACAAUCUUCAAGCAGCUUGUCAACGAAUUGAAGAUGCCGGAUAUAAAUUUCAAAAGAAAUUAUCCGAUGGACGUAUGAAGCAUAUUGCGUUUGCGUUGGAUCCAGAUAAUUAUUGGGUUGAGAUCAUUGGGCAAAAUCCUAUUGAACAGACUGAGAACAUCACAACUACUGAUACCGAGACAUAUCGAAUGAACCACACUAUGAUUCGUGUCAAGGAUAAAGAAAAGUCAUUGAAGUUCUAUCAAGAAAUUAUGGGAAUGUCACUCAUGCGAACAGCUGAAAACCCAGGUGCCAACUUCGAUCUUUACUUCCUUGGGUAUCCUGGAGAGAAGGGUCUUCCUACAUCAUCAACUACAUCUAAUCGCGAAGGUUUGUUGGAAUUGACCUGGAACUACGGUACAGAGAAAGAAGAAAACUUCAAAUAUCAUAACGGUAAUGAUGAGCCACAAGGCUUUGGUCACAUCUGCGUGUCGGUUGAUAAUUUAGAUGCAGCAUGCGAGAGAUUUGAGAAAAUGGGAGUUAACUGGAAGAAGAGAUUGACUGAUGGUCGUAUGAAACACGUGGCAUUUGUUCUUGAUCCUGAUAAUUAUUGGAUUGAGGUUAUUCAAAAUGAGAAAUUGAAGGAGAGAGCUAAUUGGUAA